UUCUCUUUUCUUUCCUAAAACACAGCGGAAGAUUUCUGUAGUGUGUCGAUAUUUGUCGAACUCACAGAAUGCUGCAAGAGUUUAUGAUCUAUCUUUGAGUCAUUGGAGUAAGUUAGAAUGUCUGGAUCGAGCGUACAAGGCGCAGAUUUCAUUCGUGAUGCUUUGGGAUCUUGUGGUGAUCCUUUAGAGGUGAUCGCACACUUUCAGCAGGAUAACCGUUUAGAAAGCAGCAUUUUGGAAACUGUCCUGCCUCUUCUGGAUCUGCAUGACGUCUUACGGAGCGAUAUCUACGAUGGCAUCUGUGAUCAAUUGCGAGAGAAAUUGAAGAGUGUAAUCUCCAGCCUCUCCGAAGAAAGACUCAUACAGUUACUAGAUGCUAGCUUUCCGUUCGCUGAUGGACCGUUGCGAGGUAUUGUCCUGCGUCUGUUGGAGGCUCCACCAGACCUGCCCCCUCAUAUUCUCAAUUCGGUUGUAGAGAAUAGUAAACUUUAUGAGGCUUGUCCGGUCACAGUGAAGCGUCAGGUAUGGGAGGAAAACGUUGGUUUAUUCGGAGAUGAGGUACGGCCAUUGCUUGAUCAAUAUGUGGAAGAGAAGGCGGCAUUGCUGUUACGUAUCGAAGACAACCCUUCAUCCAACUUCUUCACACCUUCUCCCAAGACCAGACGUCAACAUGAGAUCAUACAGACUCUUACCUCUUACGUAGGGCACUCUGUCAAACUCUACAACACUGUUCUUCAGUUUCUUCGGGCUCUGUUUGUUGACAGUGGCUGUGUUCACUUCUGUACUCUUCGAGCUGAUGUUCUUAUGGCUUUGCAUGACUUAGAAAUCAAGAUUAUUUUAGAUGCAGAUCCCUGUCACAAGUUUGCCUGGUGUCUUGAUGCUUGUAUUCGUGAAAAGUUUAUUGACGCAAAGAGAGGAAGAGAACUAAAACUAUUUCUUGAUGGCAUUAAACCACCAAGAGAACAAAUGAGAGGGGACAUAUCCAUGUUGCUAUGUGAUCCAUUUGCAGUCCAUACUGUGGCUAGUACAGCUGUGAAAUUGCUGCAUGAAUUGUUGGAAAAGGAACAACUUCCAAGGGAGAGUGCUCAGGUGAUGCUUCUUUUGCGACUAUUGCAAUUUGGCUUGAAUGCUCAGGAAAUGAUCAAUUGUCAAGAUUUUUCAGAAAAGGAAAUGGAUCUUCUUUGCGUGAAACAAUUCCUGCCAUUGUUAAUUGAGCUCCUCCUUAACAGAUCUAUUAGUUUGUUCUCUAACGCAUCAUCAUUGGUGAACAAUGACAACCACUUAAAUGAAUCACUAGUCCACUUAUUACCACAACGCUCUCUUGCCAGAGUUAUAGCCUUCCAAUUCACGGUCAAAGCUGUUCAAGAGAGAGACAAGUACUUGAUAACCACUCUUCUUCCGGCAAUAGCCAAGGGAUGUGAUGCUUCUGACUUGAGAGAUGACUUUUUGCACCAGUUAAUACUUAGCUUAGGUCAAAUGGGUGAGGAAAUGACUGGCAACCAAGAAAUGUUGGUGUCCGUAUUUGAGCAUUUCUUACUGAAGUUUGUGGAAGAAGACAAAGUUGUACACUUCACACAUUACCUUAUAUCAAGGCUUUAUUACAAGGGAGACUUUUCAUCCCAUGUUACGACACUACUAGAAGCAUUCAAACCACUAGAAGAGCAUUCCGCAUGGACCCAUGAAUUCUACUCCCAUCUUGUUGAUAAAGUUACUGCUCCAAGGAAAGAGAAGCCGUUGCUGUCUAUCCCACCACCAUCAGUAGAAAGUUCAGGUUCUCCACUACUGGAAAUGCUACCAAUGAAGUCUCCAUCAGUCUAAAAAAUCUAGAUGUGUAUAUAUGUGGUUUGACUUGUUAGGUGUGUAUUCGAAUAGUGGAGUAUACAAUGCUUAAAAUCAGGUGUAACUGAUGGUCAAGUGAUUUGUGUGUGAGAUGGUAUGCAAAAAAUACAAAUGGAA